AUGGCGCUCAUCCAGGAAGAGUUCACCACCCCGGUCCACAUGGCGUGCAACCAGCGAUGGCAACCGAUGAUGGUGGAACUCAAUCUGACCCAACUCAAUUUGUACUCGUUAGGCUGUGACAAGAAACUCCGCCAGACAAUUGUUGAUUCUUAUAAGGAAGUGAACUCGUUAAAGGAGAUGAUGGAAGAGAUGAAGCUUACUAUGGGGACGCCGAAGAUCGGCAAGCUUUUCAAGCUGCUUAAUACGUCUAAACAAGUGGAUAUCAGUCUGAUAUACGACGAUAUUCGCGACAACCGCAUGCUCUUUGAAGGUCUGGACUCUCAGGCCCACUUCUCGGCGAUCAAACAACGCUACCAGCUUAAGCUCGAGAACCUGUACACCCUCCACGAGUUACAAGUGGGGGAGGCGAUGCUGAUGAACCAGCUCGCCCUGGCCAUGCAUAAAAAGGAGAUGCGUCCGCUUCGCUUGGAAACGUUGCUCAAGUACAAAAAUGUGUUGCGCUUGCGGGUCGAGUGUCUGCAGUUGUUGAUGCAGUUGUGGUCAUUCCAUGGGGUAGUCGCGUGGUACCGUCUCCUCGUCCUUGGGAAGGAUCUCGCCGCCCCCAUUGAGUCUCGCGAGCUUACUCGGCUCAAGCUGUUGCCGAGUCGUUACACCGUUCGCAACAACGCGUUGCUUACGGCGUCGAUGUAUGCUCUGGCGUUACGGCGCCACGGAGAUAUCGCUCAGGCUCACCGCAUGCUUGCCGAGGAUUUGAUGGCGGAGGACUCACAUAUGGCGAUAUUCGACGAAUUAUUUUCCCACGGCCACCGCGACGACGAGAAACUUCUGACACGUACCCGGCUGGGGUCGCUGCCGUCGAUGCUGCUGGUCGAUAGCUAUCCCGAGCUGAUGUUUGACCAGGAGCUGGUGCGACUGACCGAGACGCUGGCGUCAUCGGUAGCUGACGACUCCAACCACACCAUCACCAUCGGCAAGUUCCUGUUGGUGUCCUACGAAUCCUACUACUCCGCCAUCGAGAAGCAGUACAUUUCCGUGUGCGUGCCUAAUCUCAAUUCGUACGACCGCUGGGUGGGGAAGCGGUUGACCAUAUCUAAUAUCGACAAAAUAAUACCUGCACUGGUACCCCACACGCAUAAAGAUGACGUCUUUGUGGAUUACGACCUCCUUCCUCGAGCAUUACGGAGUGACAAGCUGAGGUCGUCCAAACUUAAGUCCUGUCGGACUUUCAUCGUCCACCAACACGGGCUCGUGCUGGUAGCUUUAGCAUAG